ACUUUAUUGUGCUGCUGCCAGCUGCCAAAGAACUCUAAAAAUGGAAGACUUCCAAAUUUGCAAAGCACCAUGAAGGUCGGUUUUCAUUUUCAACUCUUCUUCCUUAUCUCCUUAUUUUCCAUCCACCAAAUUCUAAGUGCUGCAUCAGAUACCAUAACAACAACUCAGUUUCUCAAAGAUGGUGAACUCAAUAUCACUUCAUCUGGUGGAACUUUCCAAAUGGGAUUCUUUAGUCCAGGUAACUCCAAGAACCGUUAUCUUGGUAUAUGGUACAAGAACAUUCCUGUUACUACAGUUGUUUGGGUUGCCAACAGAGAAUCUCCACUGACAACUAAUUCAGGUACCUUAAAAGUUAUCAAACCAGGAAGACUUGUCAUAAUGAAUGAUACUGACCACAUCAUAUGGUCUACAAAUACUUCAAGAUCCGUGCUAAAUCCUGUUGCAAAGUUGUUGGAUUCGGGGAAUCUUGUCGUUAAAGAUGCUGGUGAUGAUGAAAUAAGGAGUUUUCUUUGGCAGAGUUUUGAUUAUCCUACUGAUACACUUUUACCUGGUAUGAAAAUGGGGUGGAAUUUUGUGACUGGUAAAGAAGUUUACUUGUCGCCGUGGAAGAAUGAGGAGGAUCCAGCUCCAGGUGAUUAUACAUACCAUUGUGAUCCUUCUGGUUAUCCACAGAACAUACUGAAGAAAGGGAAAAAAGUGAUAUACAGGUCUGGACCAUGGAAUGGAUUAAGGUUUAGUGGUGCAGCAAGUUCAAGAGAAAGUCCAUUUUAUACAUUUGGUGUGUUUUCAACUAAAACAGAAGUGUAUUUUAGUUAUCGGCUUUUAGCUUCGGUUAUUACUAGGUUUGUUUUGAAUCAGAAUGGUGUGUUACAACGAUGGACUUGGGGCGAUAGGAAUAAGGGUUGGGCACUUUACCUCUCGUUGCCAACGGAUAAUUGUGAUACUUAUAAGUUAUGUGGGGGAUAUGGUAGUUGUAAUAGUUUGAAUUCACCAGUAUGUGGAUGUUUAGACAAGUUUGUGCCUAAACACGCGGAAGAUUGGAGGAAAGCAGAUUGGUCAAGUGGUUGUGUUAGGAGAACUGAACUGAAUUGCGUUAAGGGUGAUGUGUUUUUGAAGUAUUCGAGACUUAAAUUACCAGACACGCGAAAUUCAUGGUUCAAUGUAACUAUGGACCUUGAAGAAUGUAAGAGAAUUUGCUUGAGAAAUUGCUCUUGUAUGGCUUACUCAAAUCUUGACUUACGCAAUGGAGGAAGCGGUUGCUUAUUGUGGUUUGAAGAUCUGCUUGAUAUUCGACAGCUACCCAACGAAGGGCAAGAUAUCUACAUUAGAAUGGCUGCCUCUGAAUUAGCUAGUCAGGAUAAAUCAAAUGGACACAAAGGAAAACUACUUUCCUGGAUUAUCCCAUUAUCAGCUGGAGUGAUUUUGGUAAUCCUAAGCCUAGUGAUCUGCAUUAGAAGAAGGAAAAGAGCUUCAGAGAAAAAGAAAGGAUGUGGGGGGUGCAAUGGCAAUCACAAGAUGGAUUAUCACAACGUAAACCACAGUGAAGAAUUUGAGUUACCACUAUUUGAUUUAUCUACAAUAGCUAAAUCUACGAAUAACUUUUCAGUGGCAAGCAAAAUUGGAGAAGGUGGCUAUGGACCUGUUUACAAGGGGGUGCUUGAACAAGGACAGGAAAUAGCUGUGAAGCGGCUAUCUAGGACUUCGACACAAGGACAAGAUGAGUUCAAGAAUGAAGUGAUGUAUAUUGUGAAACUUCAGCAUAGAAAUCUGGUGAAGAUUCUUGGAUGCUGCAUUGAAGGAGAAGAAAAAAUGUUGAUCUAUGAGUACAUGCCAAAUGGAAGUCUUGAUUCAUUCAUAUUUGAUGACACACAAAGCUGGGUAUUAGACUGGCCUAAGCGCUUUCACAUCAUCAACGGGAUAGCACGGGGACUAAUGUAUCUGCAUCAAGAUUCUCAGUUGAGGAUCAUUCACAGGGACCUGAAAGCUAACAAUAUUUUACUAGACAAUGACAUGAAUCCAAAGAUAUCAGAUUUUGGCCUAGCAAGAAGUUGUGAAGACGACGAGUUUGGAGCCAAGACACACCGAGUAGUUGGAACAUAUGGCUACCUCUCACCGGAAUAUGCUGUACAUGGGGUCUACUCGGUGAAGUCAGAUGUAUUUAGCUAUGGUGUCUUAGUGCUGGAAAUUGUGAGCGGUAAAAGCAACAGAAGAUUCUCUCAUCCAGACCAUAGCCUUAACCUCCUUGGACAUGCAUGGAAACUCUAUAAAGAAGGUAGAUCAAUGGAAUCACUUGGGGAAUUCCCCGUUGAUGUUCGUUCUACACCUGAAGUGAUACGAUCAAUCCAUGUUGGUCUAUUGUGCGUGCAACAUUGUCCAGAAGAUCGUCCAAGUAUGUCUUCAGUGGUUAUGAUGUUAAACAACGAGGGUGUACUGCCACCUGCUAAACAGCCAGGUUUCUACGUAGAAGCAAAUGCACCGGAUAAAGAAUUCUCUUCUAGUCAAUAUGCACAUGGUACAAAUGAGAUCACCAUCACAACAUUAGAUGCAAGAUAGAAAAUAACAAUUUUUUAUACCCUUAAUUCUUUUGUUCUUUUUAGCAAUGUAGCUAACCAUGCAUAGUGAAAGUUCCUAUUUCGAGCUGCUCAAGAAGAGUGCAGUCAUCUUCUUGUAACUCGGUGCAAAAACUGCCAAAUGUGUACAUUGUUUAUAUC